AUGAAAAAGGUUCUUGAGGCUGAGUCCAGUGACACCGUAGAAAAUGUCAAGGCCAAGAUUCAAGACAAGGAAGGUAUCCCACUUGACCAGCAGAAGCUGAUAUUCAUUGGCAAGCAACAAGAAGAUGGGGGUAUCCUGUUUGACUUAAACAUCCAGAAUAAGUCCACCUUGCAUCUGGUCCUGUACUUACAAGUAGAAAUUGGCAAAGAGGAAGAAGAGGAAGAGGUUGCCAAGUUACAAGUAAUACAGAUGUGUGAGAAACACUUGGAAGAUGAGGUUAAAAGGGUAACACAAGCAGAGAAGCCCAGCAAAGUUUUAUGCUUCGAGGGGGGUAACCCAGUGGAACAGCCCUUGCUUUACCACUGGUAA